CAGCCCUGACCCUCAUUAGGACAAUGACACCUGGGCUGCUCUUCUUGGCUCUCAACUUCUUCUCCUCAGUUCAAGUAGCAGAAAACAAGAUUUUGGUGAAGCAGUCGCCCAUGCUCGUGGUAGACAACAAUGAAGCCAGCAUCAGCUGCAGGUAUUCCUACAGCCUCCUGUCAAAGGAGUUCCGAGCGUCCAUUUACAAGGGCGUGAACAGUGAUGUGGAAGUCUGCGUUGUGAAUGGGAAUUUCUCCUAUCAGCUUCCGUUUCACUCAAACACCGGGUUCAGCUGUCGUGGGGAUUUGCAAAAUGAUACCGUGAUAUUCUACCUCUGGAACCUGCAUGUUAAUCACACAGAUAUUUACUUCUGCAAAAUUGAGGUCAUGUAUCCUCCACCUUACUUAGACAACGAGAAGAGCAACGGAACUAUUGUUCACGUGAAAGAGAAACAUGUUUGCCACGCUCAGGCAUCUCCUAAGCUGUUUUGGACACUGGUCGUGGUUGCUGGAGUUCUGCUUUUUUAUGGCUUGCUAGUGACAGCGGCUCUUUGUAUUAUCUGGACUAACAGCAAAAGGAACAGGCUUCUUCAGAGUGACUACAUGAACAUGACACCCCGGAGACUCGGACCCACACGCAAGCAUUACCAGCCCUAUGCCCCAGCGAGGGACUUCGCAGCCUACCGCCCCUGACAGGGACCCCUAUCCAGAAGCCAGCCGGCUAAUGCCCCUCUACCUGCUCAACAUCCCUGCUCUGGAUAGGAAAGGACAGUCACAUCUCCAGCCGGCUACUUUGGACCUUUUCCGGGCCACCUGUGCCAACCAUUUUGGAGCAUCCAGAUCUAACAUCCUGAUCAUCUUGAGACUCGGGAAUAAAUUAAAGAAGCUUCGAAUGGCUGGAUAAAUUCUGCAUGCCUUGACCCAGACUCAAGCUUAAUCUAUUUAUUGACUUGACUGAGAAGUUAGAGUAGAGAAAUCAAACAGUAAGGGAAUUCAUGCAAGCCUCACUCCUUUCUCACUUAUCAGCACACUUCAGACAUGGGAAGUGUGGUAGCUAAAGAUGUUUUGGAUGGAGAAGAAAGGAUAGAGAAAUCUUCUCUUUGACUAAGCUGGUGUCUCGGGUGGGGAUAGGUUAGAGUUAGAGUUAGUUUGUCAUUUGAAAAUAAUUAAAACACUUUCCCACUCAUAAAAAGAGCCGCUUAGUUUAGAGUUUUCCUGUUAGUUUAGGAAGAUGUGGACAUAUUUUUUUAAUGAAUUCUGACCAUUUUUAAAUCACUUUGACCUGUGGAAAACCAUCAAAGCACUCCCAGGGCUGACUUUCCUCCUUCCCUGUUGUGGGAAUCCAGUAUUAUUAAUACUUACAACAUGAUUUUGGAACUAAAUAGCCCUCCUUCACCAAGAAGAAUGUGAGGGGAAAUAAGCCCACUUUACAUUAAAAAAAACCAUAUAUAUCUGAAUGCUAGGAAGGUUUAUCUGUUUAGUAGCCUGUUAUAGUCAAGCCACUUAAGUUUCAACCUUCCACAGUUGGUUUCCUUUGUGGAUGCCUGGAGUAGAAGGCUGAAACUGCAUCUAUACAGCGUUAGUCACAAAACUGUAAAAAAAAAAAAAAAAAAAAAAAAAAAGGUUGUUCUUGAUCUUUGUCUGAGGAAGGGAAUGAGGCAAUUCUUGCCAUGCUCUAAUGAGGUGGAUAUUUUCCAGAAGUCAUCACAAGGAGCCUCAGUAUAAGUUUCUUUAGACUCUAAGGUUUAAAGGGCUUUGUAUGUUCCAGGGCUCAGAACUCCAGAAGUUUGUGGGCUCAGCUGCUUAAUACCAUAGGAAUUCAUUGACAUGAAAAAUUAUUUUGGAGUGUAUCUUUAGGGACACAUUAGUUCUCAAAGUUUUUAAGAACCUGCAAGACCUGAUACUGAAUGAACAUGGACCUUUGUUUUUGUGUUUCAUUGUUUGUUUGGGGACUUUGAAGAAUGACUGGAGAACCAGUUUCACUGUCUGUUUAGCGCUUUGAAUUAUUGGAGAUUUUUAGAGGCAGAAAGACCUGGUAAAAUUCUCCUUGCUUGCUGAAUGGCCUCAGGCAAAUUACUGUUCAUCUGAGACUAUGAUUCCUCAACUGUAAAAUGGACACAAUGAAACUCACUGUGCUCCUCCUGCCUCUGCCUCCCAAGUUCUAGGAUUACAGGAGUGCACAGUCACAGAAAUUUAAACCCAAACUUGUGAGAUUCUCUCAGCUUCAAUAAUUUGUUUAAGCUAAU